GCUUUAUUUCACUUUUUCUUUUUAUUCUAGAAAGUGGAAACAUGAAGACUCUUUUGGCAGUGCUACUGGCAGCAUGUGUGCUGACCCAGGUAUUGUCUGCUCCAAGCAAUGAGCAGCGUGUUCGUCGUAACAUGAUCCGUGGACGUCCACGUGGAGGAAUGAAGAAGACUCCACCAAUGUCUUCCGUUUCUCAUAUGAUCAACUUUGACAAUGUAGUCUCAUCUACUUUCACUCAAACUCUUGAUCAUUUUGAUUCUUCCGUCGGAAAGACUUUCCAGCAGAGAUAUUAUCAUAACAACCAAUGGUACAAGGCUGGAGGACCAGCUUUCUUGAUGCUUGGAGGAGAAGGACCAGAGUCUAGUUAUUGGGUUUCUUAUCCUGGACUUGAAAUCACCAACUUGGCUGCCAAACAAGGAGCCUGGGUCUUUGAUAUUGAGCACAGAUUCUAUGGAGAGACUCACCCAACCAGCGACAUGUCCGUACCAAACCUGAAAUACUUGUCUUCUGCCCAAGCUAUUGAGGAUGCCGCCGCUUUCAUUAAGGCAAUGACCGCCAAGUUCCCACAAUUGGCCAAUGCCAAGUGGGUCACUUUCGGAGGAUCCUACUCUGGAGCUUUGGCCGCAUGGACUCGUGCAAAGCAUCCAGAAUUGGUGUAUGCUGCUGUUGGAUCCAGUGGUCCAGUUCAAGCCGAGGUUGACUUCAAAGAGUAUCUUGAGGUUGUACAAAACUCAAUUACCCGUAACUCAACUGAGUGUGCCGCCAGUGUGACCCAAGGAUUCAACUUGGUUGCUUCUCUUCUUCAAACUUCCGAUGGACGCAAACAAUUGAAAACUGCUUUCCAUCUCUGCCAAGACAUUCAAAUGGACGAUAAAUCACUCAAGUAUUUCUGGGAAACAGUAUAUUCUCCAUACAUGGAGGUUGUUCAAUAUUCUGGUGAUGCCGCUGGAUCGUUUGCCACUCAACUCACAAUUUCUCAUGCCAUUUGCCGUUAUCACAUUAACACUAAAUCAACACCACUUCAGAAAUUGAAACAAGUCAAUGACUAUUUUAACCAAGUCAGUGGAUAUUUCGGAUGCAAUGAUAUUGAUUACAAUGGUUUCAUUUCUUUCAUGAAAGAUGAAACAUUCGGAGAGGCUCAAUCUGACAGAGCAUGGGUUUGGCAGACUUGCACUGAGUUCGGAUAUUAUCAAUCAACUUCAUCAGCUACUGCUGGACCAUGGUUCGGAGGUGUAAGCAAUCUUCCAGCUCAAUAUUAUAUUGAUGAAUGUACUGCUAUCUAUGGAGCUGCAUACAAUAGUCAAGAAGUUCAGACAUCUGUAGAUUACACUAAUCAAUAUUAUGGAGGAAGAGAUAAUUUGAACACUGACAGAAUUCUUCUACCAAAUGGAGAUAUUGAUCCAUGGCAUGCACUUGGAAAAUUGACAAGCUCGAACAGCAAUAUUGUGCCAGUUGUGAUCAAUGGAACCGCCCAUUGUGCUGACAUGUACGGAGCAUCCAGCUUGGAUAGUAUGUACUUGACAAACGCCCGCCAAAGAAUCUCGGAUGUUCUUGAUGGAUGGCUUCAUGCUAAUUAAUUGUUAUGGAUUUUAUGUUAUAGAAAUGAAAAUUUGACUCUAAU